UUCAGCUAUGGUGGUGAUGGCGGCGAUGGCACAACGAUGGUGGGUGAUGGCGGCAGUACGUAGCCCAUAGCAGUGAUUAAAAUUUUAGGGUUGAGAGAGAGAAUUGUAAGAUAAUCAAUUUCCCAAACUUAAUUAAUCUAUGCCAUUUGAUUCAAAAGCCCACCAACCAACAGGUUUUGAGGAUGAUAAGAAGCAAUAAAUAAUGAAAUUAUCAAAUAAAAUUUUAGCAAGGAUUAGCAAUGGAGAAUGAUGGAACUUUGGUUUGGACGGCAGGAGAGAGAAAGAGAUGAUUGGCUUUUUAUUUUUUUUUAAAUGUACUGGCAUAAUUAUUAUAAGGUGAAAACCGCUACUUCAAGUAGCGGUUUUCCUAUCUAAAUCGCUAUUUGAAAUAGCGAUUUUGUGAUAAAACCAGACAAAAAAAUAUAAUCAAUUGAACCGUUGACAUGGACAGUAUAUUUAGAAUUGAUAAAAAAAAAAGUGGUUGUAUUUGUGAAAUUGCAACACUUCUCAACAUUAUUUUGGAAAAGCACUCAAUAUUUACAGUCAAAUUGAAAAAAAAAAAAAAAAACCUCGAUUUGUGUGCAAGAAAAUGCCUUUGUUAAGGUGAAGUAGUUGGUGGGGCAGGUAUUUUGCCAUAUGUCAUAACACCACACAAAAGCUACACCAUCAAACUAACUAAUCACAAAACAAUCAUUUUUUCAUUCAAAGUUCAAAGCUCAAACCCAUCAACAAUGGCGGAAGAAACCCACCUCUCAACCCCACCACCAUACGACAUCAUCAUCCUCGGCGCAUCAGGCUUCACUGGCCAAUACGUCCUCAAAGAAUCCCUCAAAUUCCUCAACUCUUCUUCUUCUUCCCCUCUCAAAUCCCUCGCAAUCGCAGGUCGAAACCCCACAAAACUCGCCCAAUCUCUUUCAUGGGCAUCCCACCCAAACCCACCUCCCAACAUCACAAUCCUCACUGCAGAUACUUUGAACUUCGAUUCGCUCCUUCACAUUGCUUCGUUAACUAAACUCAUCCUCAAUUGUGUAGGACCCUUCCGCCUUCAUGGCGAUCCAGUGGUUCGAGCUUGCUUCGAGACUCGUACCGAUUACUUGGACAUUUGUGGGGAGCCUGAGUUUAUGGAGAAAAUGGAGGUUCAAUAUCAUGAUCAGGCGUUUGAUAAGGGUUGUUUGGUGGUCUCUGCUUGUGGGUUUGAUUCGGUUCCGGCUGAAUUAGGGUUGUUGUUUAAUUCUCGCCAAUGGGUUUCGCCUUCGGCGCCGAAUACUGUUGAGGCUUACUUGAGCUUGGAGAGUGAUAAAAGGAUUGUGGGUAAUUUUGCUACUUAUGAGUCUGCUGUUCUUGGUGUUGCUAAUGCUGAUUCUCUUAGACAGUUGAGGCGGUCUCGUCCCAAGAAGGCUCGUCCUCAGAUUCCAGGUCCUCCUCCUCCUAGAGGACCAACAAUUGAACAACAAAAAGAGGUUGGCCUUUGGGCUGUGAGGCUACCUUCAGCAGAUUCUGCCGUUGUACGAAGAACCCUUGCCAUACUGACUGAAAAUCCCAGUGGACUUCGUGGGGUGAAUGAGAGUGCUGAUAAAAUAGCUGAGAGAGAGAGAUUUUGGUCAACUGUGAAGCCAGCUCAUUUCGGGGUGAAGAUUGGCACCAAAUCAUUGCUAGGCAUCUUGAAAUUUAUCACUGUGGGGGUGUUCAUUGGGCUCUUGGGUAAAUUUUCCUUUGGAAGGUGGCUGCUUUUAAAAUUUCCAUCAGUUUUCAGUCUUGGGGGGUUCAGGAAGAAGGGGCCCACUGAAGCUGAGGUUAGUCAUGCAAGCUUCAAAAUGUGGUUUGUUGGUCACGGCUUCAGUGACAGCAGUACUUCAUCCCUGGAAAACAAAAAACCUGACACUGAAAUAAUCUCUAGAGUUAUGGGACCAGAGAUUGGUUAUAUAACCACCCCAAUUAUUUUGGUUCAGUGCGCUCUUAUUACCCUUAAUCAGAGACAGAACCUGCCUAAAGGAGGUGUUCUUACCCCUGGGAUUGUGUUUGGACCAACUGAUCUGCAAGAACGGCUUCAACAGAACGGGAUAUCGUUUGAUCUGAUAUCUAAACGUGCUUUGUCUUCGUAAGUGAUACUCAUUUCCUUCUCAAUUUAAUUUUUAGGUUUCACAUCCAUUUUUUUGUAAUCUGUUUUGUUAAAGUAGACAGCAGCUCAUAACUAUAAACGGAACACAGUGAACUUUAGAGAUUCAGAAUAAAUGCCUUCUAGCUUUUCAGUCGUGUGUUACAGUCCUGUUGGUUUAUUUGGUCUUAUUACUUUAUUUCUUGCAAAUAAUUUGUACACCGUCUUUUUAGCUAUGUGCUACUACACAAGAUUUAUGGAUUGAAAGAAGGAAUGAAGAAAUUUUGCAUGAGAAACAUUUACAAAGGACAUAUCAAAUUAUUGGUCCU